UCAAUUUUACCCUUCAGCAGUAAAACAGCGACCAAACAACAAAAUAGACAAAAUGUUCAAAUACUUCGCUCUCGUUUUCGUGGCCCUCUUCGCCUUCGCUGCUGCCGAGCCUAAGCCCGCUGUCGUCGCACCAUUGGCCUACUCAGCUCCAUUGGUCGCCUCCCCCUACGCCGCCGCCUACGCCUCUCCGUAUGCUGCUUACGCUGCUGCUCCCUAUGCCGCCUAUGCUUCACCUUACGCUGCCUACUCCGCUUACCCAUACAGCGCCGCUUAUGUGCUCCGCAAGUAAGUGGAAUGUAGCAGAAAACCUGUGAUAGUGAUUGGAGUUGAUCAGGAAUGAAGAGGACACAAAUUUAUUGAAGUUAAAAUGAAAAAUAAAGUAAAGUUUAAAACUUAAUUCUUCUACAAGUCAAUUCUAAUAUAAUUGUAGAUAUAAGCGUUGACGUCUAGAACAUUACACUAAAUAUAGCCUGUUACACACA